GUUACUUGAGCCUCGGUUGGGAAAAGGUUGGUUGGGCCUCCGAGCCCGGCUUGUUGAUCGUGGUGGGGACCGUCCCCGGCGCGAGCUUCCGUUGUAACGGCCGGGAAAGGAACCAGUAGCGGGACGGAGGGCGGGGGUGGCAGGAAAGUGAGGGUCUGAAAUGGACGGCUUUCAAAAAACGCCCAAGCAGUCGAAGGAUGGGCACCAUCGCCGACGUUAAAAGCAUGUUGUAAGGACACGAAGAAAGCCAGGAGUCUCAGGAUGAAUCGGUCUAGAUCUAGACCAGAUGGUGGUGGUGAAGAAACCUCAUCUCAAGACCAUAAUCAUGGUGAAAAUGAGAGAAGAUGGCAGCAGGAGCGUCUCCACAGAGAAGAAGCCUAUUAUCAGUUUAUUAAUGAACUCAACGAUGAAGAUUAUCGGUUAAUGAGAGAUCAUAAUCUUUUAGGCACCCCUGGAGAAAUCACAUGGGAAGAACUACAACAGCGGUUAGAUGCGAUCAAGGAGCAGCUUGCCUCUCAGCCUGGCUCGAGAAAUGGAUCAAAUAGCAGAGACUCAGAAGUCCCUCGAGAAAGUUCAAAUGAAGAUUCUUUGCUAGAAUGGUUGAACGCCUUUCGGCGCACAGGAAAUGCAACUCGAAGUGGACACAACGGGAACCAAACUUGGAGAGCUGUGAGUCGAACAAACCCAAACAGUGGAGAGUUUCGGUUUAGUCUGGAAAUCCAUAUAAAUCAUGAGAACAGAAGAUUUGAAAUUCACGGAGAAGAUUAUACAGGCAUUCCACUUUCAGAUAUUAACAGAGAUCAUACUAGAAGUAGGCAACAAAGGUCAACUAGUCCUGUGGCUAGGCGAACAAGAAGUCAGACCUCAGGGAAUUUUAGUAGCAGUAGCUCCAACAUUCCAAGGACUAGGCUGAGUUCAAGGGGGCAGAAUUCAGUUGAACGAUCUUUCUCAACAUUGGGAAGGCUGAGAAAUGGAAUUGGAGCAGUUGGCACUCCUGGAACUAGCGUGCCACACACUAAUUUCAGUAGUCACACAAACCAGACGAGUGGCAGUGAACUCAGGCAGAGGGAGGGGCAACGAUUCGGAGCAGCACAUAUUUGGGAAAACGGGGCUAGAACUAAUGUUACCGUAAGAAAUACAAACCAAAGAUUAGAGCCAAUAAGAUUACGAUCUGCUCUCAGUAGUCGAAGCCGUUCGCCAAUUCAGAGACAGAGUGGCACUGUUUAUCAUCAUUCUCAAAGGGAAAGUAGACGAUCUGCCAGGAGGAGAGGUAUAACUCGAAUCUUUCUAGAGCAAGGUAGAGAACACAGACGCACUGCAUAUACCCCAUUCUCUAACUCAAGACUCGUGUCAAGAAUAACAGUAGAAGACGGAGAAGAGACCAGCAGAUCUUCAAGUGCUGCGCGAAGACAUCCGACAAUCACACUGGACCUUCAAGUGAGAAGGAUUCGUCCUGGAGAAAACAGAGAUCGGGAUAGUAUUGCCAGUAGAACUCGAUCUAGAGUAGGGCUAGCAGAAAACACAGUCACAAUCGAAAGCAAUAGUGGGGGAUUUCGUCGAACCAUUUCUCGUUUAGAGCGGUCAGGUAUUCGAACCUAUGUUAGUACCAUCGCAGUUCCUCUUCGUAGGAUUUCUGAGAAUGGACUUGUUGAGCCAUCAUCAGUGGCUUUUCGGUCAAUUUUAAGGCAGGUUAUGACUGGGUUUGGAGAAAUGAAUUCUCUAAUGGAGGCUGAAUCUGAGUCAGAGAUUCAGAGAAAUGGUACAGUUAAUGAUAGCAGCCAGCAUCAUAGAGAAGGCUUCUCUCCAGACAGCACUGAAAUACACGGUGAAAAUGAGACCACCCGGUCUCACACCCGAAACAGUGGUGGUAGAGGUGCCAGGCAGUUGCGAGAUUCAGACAGUUUGGUCGAAACGGGAACGCUACCUAUUCUUCACCUUGCACACUUUUUUUUACUAAACGAAGGUGGUGGUGAUGAUAGAAUACAUGGUUUAACCAAAGAGCAGAUCGACAAUCUUUCCACGCGGCUCUAUGAGCACAGCAGCAUCGACAGUGAGCUAGGUAAAAUCUGUAGUGUUUGCAUCAGUGACUAUGUAACUGGAAACAAGCUCAGGCGAUUACCUUGCAUGCAUGAAUUUCACAUUCAUUGUAUUGACCGAUGGCUCUCAGAGAACUGCACUUGUCCAGUCUGUCGGCAGCCUGUCCUAGGGUCCAGUGUAGCCAACAAUGGGUGAACUGCUGGCAUCUGCUCAAAUACUGUAUUUCAGUUGAGCAGACUGUUCAAGCAUUGUUUGGCUGAGUUAUUUGUGAUGACAGAUGAAAAACAGGAUGAAAAAUAACAGAUUAUAUAUAGUUUGAACUAUUUUUUGUGUGCUUUUGUAACUUGUUAAAAAGAGGAAAUUUAUAUAAAAUUUAAAAUGCAAAUGUUAAAUUAUCCAAAAGUACAGAAUAGUUAAUAUUGCUAGAACCAAAUAACCUCUAAAAUGUUUUUAUUUUGAUAAUUUUGUCAUGCUAAGCACUUUUGUAUCUGCACAAUUCACUAGGUUAAAAAUCAGUCUUCUUAACAGAACGCAGACUUUACUUAGACUUUCAAGUUUCAUAGGCUUAGUACUAUGUCUAGACAUUAGUGUCUGAGCUUUUCAUUAACUUAUUCUGAGGACAUCUUUUCAUGAAAGAGUAUUUGGUUGAAUGUUUGCGAAAUAUAUAUGUUACUUGAAAUGUUAAAUUUAAUACGCAGUAUACCAUAUGUGUAUAUAUAGAUGUAUAAUUUUAAGGUUAAAAUAUUCAGUUUAAGAUUACAAGUUUGGUUCUUAUUUAAGCUUUUGAGCUAAUGCUGCAUAUGGCAUAGUGCUUAAUAUUGGCAAGAUCAUCUCAGAGAAAAAUGGAUUAAGAUAUAAUUUUAAAAUAGAGAUAAUUUACUGAAGCGUCUCUGACAAUCUGACUUAUUAGACAGCAAGCAAUAUAUAAUACUGAACAGAUUUCUUUAUUCAGAAAUGGAAAAUUUAGAACAUACAGGUUAUUUACCUUGAGUUCAGUCUUUUUGUGACCUUUUUGAAAGUGCAAACAAGUCUUUGGAUUAUUAAGGUAUACGGUAUGCAUGGUUUUUCAAGUUUAGUUUUAAAAUCUAAAAACAAAAGUCUAUAAAGAAUCAAAUGCAUAGAUGAUAUGUUAAGUUCACGUGGAAGCGAAAAAUCUCCAAUUAAAAUGAAAGACCCUUAUGAGAAUGGAGAAUUUUAUAUAAACACGAAGUAUGCAUUGAAGAUCUAUUUCUACCAAUAAAUAUUAAGACAAAGACUGUA